GAGAGAAUGACGGUGUGGGGCCGGGAGGUGCGCAGCAGCAAUGCAGUCUGAGUGGGGCUGAUGGUCCCCACGGUGCAGCCAAAGCAGCAGCACCCCAAAACUGAGAGCACGUGGAGGAGGACCCCACUGUGAGCCAUGGCUGAGCAGCGCGUGGGCUCCAGGGGUCGGCGCAUGGGGUCCAGCCGGCGGCGGCAGCUCCGCAGGGAUGCGGGCGAAGAGCCACCGUGGGCAGCAGCUGUGAUGCAGAGAGUCCAGGAGGUCGUCCAGGAGCAGCGCGGGGACACGGAGGGGUUCGUCACUCGUGCAGACAUGCAGAAGCUGCAGGAGGAGGUUAUCCCGUGCAGCACAGAGGAGCUGGAGCUGCUCUUUGAUGGGAUGGAUGCUGCUGGCUCCGGGCAGCUGAGAACUGAGGAGUUCACUGCUGGGCUCCGGCAGUUCCUGAGUUCCCAAAAAGUCAGCAAGGAGCAUCGGCGGCGGAAAACAGCGUCACGGAGGAGCUGCUUGGUCCUCGCCAGCCCCACGUGGGAGGGGACGGACAGCGAGGAGAAGAAACACUUUGCAGCCUUCAUGGAGCAGCUGGGAGUGGACGACAGAUGGGAAGAGCAGGAGAUCUGGCAGCUCUGGGCCAAGCUGCGGAAGGAUGAGCCCCAACUCCUGGGCAACUUGGAGGACUUCCUGGCCAAGAUGAGGCACCGCAUCCAAGAAGCCCGGAGCAAGAAGGAGGCCUUGGAGGAGGCCCUCAACAAGCGCGUGGCUGAGCACAACCAGGAGGUGCAGCAGCUCUGCGAGGCCCUGGAGCAGCAGAUCCAAGAGGAGCGGCAGCGAAUGGAGCAGGAGAGCACAGCCCGGAGCCGCCUGCACUGCGCGGUGCUGCAGCGAGCGUUGGAUGCCAGAGACAGGGAGGUGCAGCGCUUGGUUGCAGCACAGGAGGAGCUGGAAGCACAGUGCCACAGUCUGAGCAGCACACAGCGAGCUGCCAGCGCUGAGAACCGACAGCUGGAGGAGAACAACCGGGCACUGGAGGAGCAGCUGCAGCACAUCCAUGCACAGCUGCAGCAGACCCACGAGUGCCUGCGGGCUGCCAGGGCUCAGCAGAGGGCAGAGGAACCGCGGGAUGGAGUGGAGGCAGAGCUGCCCGGUGAGACGCCGCCAUCCCUGCAGGUACUGCAGAUGAGCCCAGAGCAGCACCGCUCCGAGAUGGGCGUCAGGUUGGGCUACCAUGGCAGCGAGCCCAAGCGCAGGAGCACCCACCACGUGGUUUGGGAGAAGCCAGCAGCAGACACAAACACGUCACGACUGCUCUCUGUAGAAGAGGAUCCCUUCCCCGAAUUUCUGAAAGAGGAACAGUUUUCUGGCCAAGGCUCUUUGCUAAGAGAGAUGAGUGAUGCAAUAGCAGCUCUGAGCACGCAGAAGCUGCAAGCACCGGGAGAUGCUGCUCACUGCCCACAUGAUGAUGCUGAGCCUCAAACAGGACCACCUGGCUCGGCCCCACGAGAGACCCACAUCAGUCACGAGGGGUUGGAAGAAGACCUGAGAGAGGGACGAGCUGCAGCUGAGCUUCGUGCUGGGGACGGGACACAGGCUGGUGCGUCUGCAGGAGCUCAGGAGGAGGGGGCAGCCCAGGGAGACAGCGUGGAGGGAGCAGGGCAGAGCCUGGAGCAGAUGGAAAGGGUGUUGUCUGUGCAGGGAAGGGGUGCUGGUGGGGAGCAGCAGGUGCUAAAAGAGGCUGAGAGCCCACAAGAGGCACUGGGAGACAGCACAGAGAUGGGCGAGCAGGCACGGGUGGGGGUGGAGGGAGAAGGAUGGGUGCAGGGAAAGAUGAAGUGGGAAAAGGUGCAGCUCCCAGGAGAAGGAGAAAAUAUGGAGGCAGUCCUCAAAGCUCAGAAGGUGGAGCUCCCAGUGGGCGGCAGUGCCGCCGAUGUGCUUUGGGUGCAGGGAGAGCAACUGGAAUUGGAGGUACCACGAUGGGUUGAGGUGCAAACGGCAGCGGUGCAGGGGGUGACAGAAGCUCCUAACCCUGAAAAAGUGGAUGGAGAGGGUAGUGGUACGGUGGGGCACUGCUGGGGAGAGAUGGAAGGGACUGAGCUGCAGCCCCUGAGUGUGGAUGGAGAUCUGGGUACAGAGCAGGCAGAGAACAUCAGGCCAGAUGUGCAAUUGGUGGAGGAGGCUGAUAGAGCAGAGCCAGAGCUGGAGGAGGGAGCUGGGGCUGCUGCAGUGCUUGGUGAGGGGCUUUCCCCAGCAGAAAUCCCUGCAGGGAGUCCAGCUGGUGGGCUGGUCCUGGUCAGUGCUCAGGGACUGGAAAUGGAGGAGGCAGAGGGCUCUCCAGCAGAGUCACUGCUGCAUGGGAUUCCCAGCCCAGAAGCCCUGAGGGAUGGAUUGGAUGACACAGCCAUACACCUCAGGGAGGAUGCUGAGAAUGGGGGACAAGAACCAGCUGAGCCUGGGCUGCUCAAUCAGCCUCUGUGUGAGCUGCAGGGAGAAGAAGCCAGGCAGGCAGAGGGGACUGCUGCAGAGCUGUCACUCCAGGAUAAGGCUGUAAGCCUGGAGCUGCUGGAGGCCCUGAGUGGUGAUACCCAUGUGCAGCUAAUUGCAGAGCUGGGGGAGAUGGAAGAGAGCCUGGAGGCAGCGCUGCAGCCCCUGAGUGUGGCUGGAGAUCUGGGUACAGAGCAGGCAGAGAACAUCGGUCCAGAUAUGCAACUGGUGGAGGAAGCUGAUAGAGCAGAGCCAGAGCUGGAGGAGGGAGCUGGGGCUGCUGCAGUGCUUGGUGAGGGGCUUUCCCCAGCAGAAAUUGCUGCAGGGAGUCCAGCUGGUGGGCUGGUCCUGGUCAGUGCUCAGGGACUGGAAACGGAGGAGGCAGAGGGCUCUCCCACAAAGACCCUGCUGCAUGGGAUUCCCAGCCCAGAAGCCCUGAGGGAUGGAUUGGAUGACACAGCCAUACACCUCAGUGAGGAUGCUGAGGAUGGGGGACAAGAACCAGCUGAGCCUGGGCUGCUCAGUCAGCCUGUGUGUGAGCUGCAGGAAACAGGAGAUGGGCAGGCAGAGGGGGCUGCUGCAGAGCUGUCACUCCAGGAUAAGGCUGUAAGCCUGGAGCUGCUGGAGGCCCUGAGUGGUGAUACCCAUGUGCAGCUAAUUGCAGAGCUGGGGGAGAUGGAAGAGAGCCUGGAGGCAGCGCUGCAGCCCCUGAGUGUGGCUGGAGACCUGGGUACAGAGCAGGCAGAGAACAUGGGUCCAGAUGUGCAACUGGUGGAGGAGGCUGAUAGAGCAGAGCUGCAGUCCCUGUACCUUGGUCACCAGCCACACUCAGAGCAGGCAGAGAGCAUGGGGCCAGAGGUGCAGCUGGUGGGUGAGGUUGGUAAACCAGAGUUAGUAGAAAUAGAGGGGGAAGAGGACUCUCAGGUGGACAUGCAGCUGCAGUGGGGUCCCAGUCAAGAAGUGCCAUUGGGAGGGGGAGGCCAUACAGUUGUGCAGCUCACACAGGAGGUUGAGGAUGAGGGACAAGAUGUAGAGCAUCUGAAAGAAGAACGGGGGAUGGAAGUGGUGCAGGAAGAGGGCACUGGUAAGGAUGAGCUGGUCCUGGUCAGUGCUCAGGGACUGGAAAUGGAGGAGGCAGAGGACUCUCCAGAAGAGUCACUGCUGCAUGGGAUUCCCAGCCCAGAAGCCUCGAGGGAUGGAUUGGAUGACACAGCCAUACAUGUCAGGGAGGAUGCUGAGGAUGGGGGACAAGAACUGGCUGAGCCUGGGCUGCUCAAUCAGCCUGUGUGUGAGCUGCAGGAAUCAGGAGACGGGCAGGCAGAGGGGGCAGCUGCAGAGCUGUCACCCCAGGAAAAGGCUGUAAGCCUGGAGCCGCUGGAGGGCCUGAGUGGUGAUACCCAUGUGCAGCUAAUUGCAGAGCUGGGGGAGAUGGAAGAGAGCCUGGAGGCAGCGCUGCAGCCCACUGUGGCUGGUGACCUGGGUACAGAGCAGGCAGAGAACAUCGGGCCAGAUGUGCAAUUGGUGGAGGAAGCUGAUAGAGCAGAGCCAGAGCUGGAGGAGGGAGCUGGGGCUGCUGCAGUGCUUGGUGAGGGGCUUUCCCCAGCAGAAAUUGCUGCAGGGAGUCCAGCUGGUGGGCUGGUCCUGGUCAGUGCUCAGGGACUGGAAAUGGAGGAGGCAGAGGGCUCUCCAGCAGAGUCACUGCUGCAUGGGAUUCCCAGCCCAGAAGCCUCGAGGGAUGGAUUGGAUGACACAGCCGCACAUCUCAGAGAGGAUGCUGAGGAUGGGGGACAAGAACUGGCUGAGCCUGGGCUGCUCAAUCAGCCUCUGUGUGAGCUGCAGGGAGAAGAAGCCAGGCAGGCACAGUGGGCAGCUGCAGAGCUACAACCCCAGGAGGAGUCUGGAAGCCUGAAGGUGCUGGAGGCCCUGAGUGGUGAUACCCAUGUGCAGCUAAUUGCAGAGCUGGGGGAGAUGGAAGAGAGCCUGGAGACAGAACUGCAGCCCCUGAGUGUGGCUGGAGAUCUGGGUACAGAGCAGGCAGAGAACGUGGGUCCAGAUGUGCAACUGGUGGAAGAGGCUGAUAGAGCAGAGCUGCAGCCCCUGUACCUUGGUCACCAGCCACGCUCAGAGCAGGCAGAGAGCAUGGGGCCAGAGGUGCAGCUGGUGGGUGAGGUUGGUAAACCAGAGUUAGUAGAAAUAGAGGGGGAAGAGGACUCUCAGGUGGACGUGCAGCUGCAGUGGGGUCCCAGUCAAGAGGUGCCAUUGGGAGGGGGAGGCCAUACAGCUGUGCAGCUCACACAGGAGGUUGAGGAUGAGGGACAAGAUGUAGAGCAUCUGAAAGAAGAACGGGGGAUGGAAGUGGUGCAGGAAGAGGGCACUGGUAAGGAUGAGCUGGUCCUGGUCAGUGCUCAGGGAUUAGAAAUGGAGGAGGCAGAGGGCUCUCCAGCAGAGUCACUGCUGCAUGGGAUUCCCAGCCCAGAAGCCUCGAGGGAUGGAUUGGAUGACACAGCCAUACAUGUCAGGGAGGAUGCUGAGGAUGGGGGACAAGAACUGGCUGAGCCUGGGCUGCUCAGUCAGCCUCUGUGUGAGCUGCAGGGAGAAGAAGCCAGGCAUGCAGAGGGGGCUGCUGCAGAGCUGUCACCACAGGAAAAGGCUGUAAGCCUGGAGCUGCUGGAGGGCCUGAGUGGUGAUACCCAUGUGCAGCUAAUUGCAGAGCUUGGGGAGAUGGAAGAGAGCCUGGAGGCAGCGCUGCAGCCCCUGAAUGUGGCUGGAGAUCUGGGUACAGAGCAGGCAGAGAACAUGGGACCAGAUAUGCAACUGGUGGAGGAAGCUGAUAGAGCAGAGCCAGAGCUGGAGGAGGGAGCUGGGGCUGCUGCAGUGCUUGGUGAGGGGCUUUCCCCAGCAGAAAUUGCUGCAGGGAGUCCAGCUGGUGGACUGGUCCUGGUCAGUGCUCAGGAGCUGGAAGGGAAAGAAACAGAGUCACUUGUGCAGCUGGAGGAGCUCACACUGCCCUAUGGAGACAGCACUGGGGCUGACGGGAAACCCCUGUGUUCAGUGGGGCUGUGGGAAGUGGCAGAGAACCCAGCUGUGGGUCUAGAAGCAGCUCCAUGCAUGGCUGACAACACAGACGUGUGGAAUAGGAAUGUUGAGCCUAUCCUGCAUCCCGAGUAUGCUGCUGCUGCUGGACAUGCUCAUCCAGCUGCAGGGCUGGUUGCAGCCAGCGGUCCUGAAUUGCAGAUCCUGGAGGAAACCCAGAGAGAGAGAGCUGAUGCAGAGGGGAGGCCUCUGGAUGGAGCUCGAGGUCUGGAAGUGGUGCAGGGAGCGAGGCUAGAGGCAGAGGCAAGGAUUUCAGUUGCAGCUCAGCAUUUGGAACUAAAGCAGGGCCGUGAUGCCAGUGCAGCCACACUUGCUUCUCCUGUCUCCGAGGUACCGUUACAAAUCAGCACGCUAAAUCUGGAUGUGAUGAUGCAGGAGGAUGUUCUCAUUCCAGAUGUGCAGCUGGUAGGUGGUUCGGGACAGGCAGCCCAGAGGCAGCUCCAGGAGCAGGUCUCAGCACAGGCAGAUAAGGGGAGGCUUCACGCUGCUCCCCAGCAGCCACAGAAGCCACCAGGCGUGAUGGAAGCAGAACAAGCAGCUGCUGGACCCGCUGAGACUCCAAAACAAGAAGUGCCACCAGCAUCAGCCCUUCACACGGGGAUCCAACAGGGGGGAGAUGCUGCAGAGGAUCUCUCAGGGAUGGCCCUGGGGGACAGCCCACUGGUGGAGGCGGUCAGCAGCAUGGUGGAGCUCUCAGGAGGGCAGAGAGAAGAGCUCAAUGUGGAGAAGAAACAAGAGAUGGAGCAGAAAAUGAGCCUGGGAGGCAAGCCCAGCCCCGGAGAGCCAGAGGCUGUGACUGUGAAUGGAGCAGAAGCUGCCCCAAAGGACUCUGUGGAGCCAGACCACCUCUACAACGUGCUGUUUGUCGGGGACUCAAAUGUGGGUAAAACAUCCUUUCUGUACCGACUGCAUGCUGACACCUUCAACCCGCACCUCGCUGCGACAGUAGGACUGGAUUAUCAGGUCAAAAACCUCAUGGUGGACAACAGGCACUUCGCUCUCCGCAUGUGGGACUCAGCUGGGCAGGAAAGGUAUCACAGCGUCACCAAGCAGUUCUUCAGGAAGGCAGAUGGGGUGGUGCUGAUGUACGACAUCACAUCGCAGUACUCCUUCGCUGAUGUACGCUACUGGCUCAGCUGCAUCCAGGAGGGAGCAGAAGAUGGAAUCACGGUUCUGCUUCUGGGGAACAAAACAGACUGCGCUGCAGAGAGGCAGGUCCCUACACAGGAGGGGGAGCGCCUGGCUCAGGAGCACCAGCUCUUGUUUUAUGAAUGCAGCGCUGCCUCCGGCCACAACGUCAUCGAGUCCAUCGUCAGCCUGGUCAGGGCACUAAAAGUUUGUGAAGAUCAAUUGAGAAAUAAGGCAGAAGAGGUACCAAAAGUGCCUCAGAAGAAAAAGGGAUGCUGCUGGUGAUGGAGAGAGCCCUUGCUGUGGUCUGAAACUGCAGUGGCAGCCAGAAAAGCACCUGGAGGUGAGCAGAGACCACAGGAUGACUGUGCUCAGAGAAAUCAGGGUUAUGAACUCCACCAGGGAGGGUGUGAUAUUGCAGUGACAGCAGCUGAAGAAGCAACGUUAGCUCCAGCAGCUCCCUUAGUGCCUCAUUGCAUCUCAGUGCCUCAGCACCUCUGUAUCACCAGAGCUCCAUCCCCUACGUGGCUGCUCCCACCCCGUCCCUCUGCCACCACCUGUCCUCCCUUGGCCCUAAUCCUUGAAGGACCUUUUUUGCUUAAUGCAAUAUAUGCUCCCAUGCACUCCAUGGCAAUCUCCUUCUGCCACGUUCCGUUAUAAAGUGAUUUUAUUACUGGCUGUGUUAUGGGGCUGGCUUGAAGAAUGGAACAACUCAGGAAGAACUUUCAUGGCUCAGCUCAGGGCUGAGGCUGGACUCGGUAUUCGGGGUACUCACAACAGGAUUUGUUUGUGCCCAUCUUCACUGUUUCUGCUUUGCUAAAGCAAUAUAAUCCCAAGCACCUUCUGCAAGUCUGCUCCAUGAUGAGAGGAGCACCAUUCCAGCCUGACCAGCUCAAAUGGGCACCUCUCACUGGCUCUGUGUGACCCCUCUGCCGAGCUGCCCAUGCACCGAAGCCCUUCAUCAGAUCUGCUUUUCCCCUUCCCUAAAUUGACUGGGAUUAUGUGCAGCAGGUGCUGUCUGUCCCGUGCAAUCCCGCUACCGCCCCUCUAGCGAUUUUAUUUGCUCACACAACUGUAAGGAGUUGAGGCUGAAUUCCCCCAUUAGAUGGCAGCAAAUGCGGCAAUACCUUCAUUGCUGUUCCAAGCAAAGCACAGCAGGGCCUGAAACCGAUCCUGCAAAAGAAAAGGCUUCGCAGAGCAGCAGACAGAAAGAAACGCCUGUUCUGUUCUCUUGGAAAUCACAUCCAUAGAAGAGGGUUGAAUCUGUGCCCGGACGCGUUGCAAGGCAGUAAAGCAGGUUGGAAAACACA